AUGGAGAAUGUAAGUACUAAUUCUCAUUGUGCACUUGAGUUAGAACAUGAGCAAAAUCCUGCGCCAUCCUCUUCUUCUUCUCCUGCUUCAGGAAGAAGAGAAGCAGGAGGGUGGAGAUCCGUCAAAUACAUCAUCGGUAACGAGUCGUUCGAGAAAUUGGCAUCCAUGAGUUUGAUAUCGAAUUUGACAGUGUACCUUCUCACGAAUUACAACCUAAGUGCCAUAUUUGUGGUCAAUGUGGUGCAAAUUUGGAAUGGAUCCUCUAACAUUACUUCAAUAAUCGGUGCUUUCAUUUCUGAUACUUAUCUGGGCAGGUUCAGGACCCUCCUCUGCGGCUCUAUUGCAUCACUUCUGGGUAUAUUGACCAUAACCCUAACAGCGGGUAUACAUCGAUUGAGGCCCCAACCCUGCAAGGACAGACCCUAUUGUGAACGGCCAGAAGGUUGGCAGCUAGCUAUUCUUUUCACAGGUCUUGCACUGUUAUCCAUAGGAGCUGGGGGCAUUAGGCCAUGCAACAUUGCUUUUGGUGCUGAUCAAUUUGACACCAAAACAGAGAAGGGUAGGGGACAAUUGGAGAGCUUCUUCAAUUGGUGGUACUUCACUUUCACCAUUGCACUUGUUAUUGCGCUCACUGGUGUUGUCUAUGUUCAAACCAAUCUCAGCUGGACUUUGGGCUUUGCCAUUCCAACUCUAUGCCUUGCUUUCUCAAUAACCAUAUUCCUACUUGGCCGCCACACUUACAUUUACAAGAAACCUCAAGGGAGCAUCUUUUCUGACAUGGGCAAGGUGAUUGUAGCGGCAUAUAGAAAACGCAAACUAGAGCCUUCUGGGAGAACCCUUUACAAUCCUUCCACUACUACGGAGGAAUUAACGUUGGAGAAUAGUAGAAUUGUUCAGACAGAUAGGUUCAUAUGCCUUGAUAAGGCUGCUAUAAUAGCUGAUCCUAGUGAGUUGAAUGAUCAAGGCAUGCCAAGGAAUGCUUGGAGACUUUGUAGUUUGCAACAAGUGGAACAUCUCAAAUGUUUGAUAGGGAUUCUGCCAGCGUGGGUAACAGGAAUUUGUUGUUUCAUUGUGAUGGACCAGCAGAACACUUUUGGGGUCCUUCAAGUCAUGCAAACCAAAAGGUCCCUUGGACCUCACUUCAAGAUUCCAGCUGGGUGGAUGAACCUUAUAUCAAUGAUAGCACUUUCAUUAUGGAUAUACAUUUAUGAGUGUGUGUAUAUUCCUCUAGUGAGAAGAAUCACCAAAAAAGCUCCAAGAUUGAGCAUGAAGCAAAGAAUAAGAAUUGGGAUUUUGUUAUCCAUCUUAUGCAUGUUGGUAGCAGCAAUUGUUGAGAAGAAGCGGCGUGACUCAGCUUUGAAACAUGCCUUGUUCAUUUCACCAAUGAGCUUUGCAUUGCUUUUGCCACAGUUUGCACUGUCAGGCCUAAAUGAAGCCUUUGCUGCUGUUGCUAUAAUGGAGUUCUUCACCUUGCAAAUGCCAGAGAGCAUGAGAACGGUUGCUGGGGCAGUCUUUUUUCUGAGCUUGUCCAUUGCAAACUACGUUGGAUCCUUCAUUGUCAAUAUUGUCCAUAAAGCAACAUCACAAGGAGGAAAAACACCUUGGCUAGGUGGUCAUGAUUUGAAUCAGAAUAGGCUUGACUACUACUAUUAUGUCAUAGCUGCCGUGGGAGGUUUGAACUUUGUCUACUUCAAUUUCUAUGCUAGCCGUUUUAUCACCAGUAGCAAGGAAACUAGGAGAAAAGAGGUGCAGCCAGUGCAUUCAAGUGCUGCAGCAAAACCACAAGAUGAGGAGAGGGUCUUGGACAAUGGACAUAAUAGGCACUAG